AUGUCGUCCACUGAAGCUAAGACGGUCGUCCCGAAUACGUCCGACGGGGAGACUUCCGAGAUGGAUGAAGCUAAGACAGUCGCGCCGAAGACCUCCGACGGGGAGACGUUCGAGGUGGAUGAAGUUAAGACGGUCGUCCUGAAGACCUCCGACGGGGAGAAGUUCGAGGUAGAGGAGGAGGUCGUCAUCCAGUCGCUGAAGAUAAAGCACGUAAUUGAAAAAGAAUCCGCCAGCACCGUCAUCUCGCUUCCCAACGUCUCGUCGGGGGUGAUGACGAGGGUAAUUGAGUACUGUAGGUGUCACGCGUUCGGGGAGUACGAUUACACAAUGAAGGAUUACGACGCCGAGUUCGUGAAGAUCGACAAUAAGCUGCUAUUUGAACUGAUCUCAGUGUUCUUUGAGCUUCCAUCUCUAUAUUUUGGAUUCUUUUGCUUUGGACCUGGAUUUUGUUGGCGAUCGAUUUGGCUUUUCAGCUUGUUUUUUGUGGCGUUUAUGGCUGCCCACUACUUGAACAUCCCAGGGAAGCUCGAUGUCACGUGCCAAGCUGCGGCGAACAUGCUCAAGGGAAAGACACCCGAGGAAAUCCGCGCUACUUACAACAUCACUAACGACCUCACCCCGGAGGAGGAAGAGGAAAUUCGCGAGUACUGGUGGGCCUUCGGGCAGCUGUAG